ACUGCAGGAUGGCUGAUCACGGAGAAAAACUGUUUUCAUAUAGAUCUUCACCCUGUGUCACUAAACACAGCCCACAAGUGCAGUGAACCACCAUCACUCAGGAUGGACUCCAGACCCCCCAACCUGCUGCUGCUGCUCCUUCUGCACUUCUGGCAAUGUGGCAGAGGACAGUCAUCAUACAUUAUAGAUCAAGUUGGCCUUGCACUCCUACCAAGCAACACAGUUCAGAGCGGGACACCGGUGAUCUUAAGCUGCAAGGUCAGCGUCAGUCACAACAACAUCCCUGACCUGACGCAUACUUUCCAACUCACGCGGGACAGCGUCCUCAUCAACUCCUCUACCACCACAGAAGACAAAAUCGAGUAUGAAAUCAACCCGGCCAGAGCGGCUGACUCUGGAAGUUAUGAAUGUCGUGUCACAGUCAAGGACAAGAGCAGAGCCAGCUUCAGCCAAAAACUCACAGUCACAGGUUUGCAGACGCCUGUUCUGUAUUUGAAUAAGACCACACCAUAUGAGAGUGAGGAGUUCGUAGCCGCCUGUAGUGCUCCAGAGGAGAAAGGAGUCCUCAUCUUCCGGUUUUACCAAAAACUUCGGUCCAGAGAGCCAAAGACGAUAAAGCAGCAAGCCGUAACUGGGAACUCUUUAGAAACCACCCUGGCCCUGAGGGAGGUUGGAGACAGCUUACUAUACUGUGACUACGAGAUCAGUUUGGUUUCUGGGGCCAGACGCUCCAACAGCAGCGACAAGAUUCAAGUUAUAGUCAAAGCACUCAUGAUUGCCCCGGUCAUGAAUGUGCGCCCAUCCUCAGAUGUCUUUGAGGGUGAUGCAUUGAGUGUGGUCUGUAAAGUGGUGAAUCCACCGAUGAACGUUGAAGUAUUCCUGACGAAGGACAGGAGGAUCCUCAAGCAAGCCACUACCGACCUCGCUUAUAAUUUCACCGCGCAAGACGGCGACUCUGGGGAGCUUGUGUGCAAGGCACUGUGGAACACUGUGCAGAAAGAAACCUAUCACUCAAUCACAGUCAGAGAGCUGUUUUCAAAGCCACGCCUGGUUGUGGAGCCCAUAGACAUAUUUGAGGGAGAACACUUCAGGCUGACCUGCUCUGUCACCAUUCAUGAACCUGAGAAGAUCAAUAACACCAUGCGGUUCACCAUCUACAAAGAUAACGUCAAACUCAGGAGUGCAAUGACAUACGAUGCUGUGGCGGGUCCUUCUGUUAAUGGCAACUACAGCUGUAAAGCGCAUGCUGCAACUUCUGCACACAGUUUUGUGAAAGAAAGUAAAACUGUUGUUGUUAAAACAAAAGUUCAUGUUUCAAAACCCGUGCUGAGUGUGGUGGGGGGUACGCUGAUAUUGGGAAAGCCCUUCCAGCUUCUCUGUCACAGUGACAAUGGCACUCUGCCCAUCACCUACGUCCUACACAGCCCCAAGCAGCCGCCUCUUUACAGUGUUGUGCACAAACCAGGAGAGCGGGCGAUCUUUAACUUAUCAGCCAUCAACAAGAUAUCAGACAUAAACACCUUUAUCUGCCACGGGAAAAACAGUCAACACAAGACAAGCGUGACAGAGACAGGGCAUCUGCUACGUUCAACCAACAUCAUAGAGCCAGUGACAAAGCCAGUGUUGACCAUGCUGCCCAGAAUGGGUGACGUCUCUGAGGGGGAGGACGUGACUCUUGUGUGCUCUGUUCAGAGAGGCACUCUUCCCAUCAACUUCACCUGGUACCACAGAAAGGGUGCUCUCGCUUUCCAGACCUCCAGGGAACUGAAAGGAUCCUACACGAUUAACAAUAUCAAAGGAGUGGACCAAGGAGAAUACUACUGUACGAGCACCAACUCAGCCAACAAAACGGAAAAAAGUGAUGCUGUCAGGAUCGGAGUGAAGUGGGCUGGUUGGAAGAAAGGACUUAUCGCAACCUUCUGCAUCCUGUUCAUACUGGCCAUGAUCCUUUUUCUCACCUUUAAAAGACGUCUCCUUCCAGUGAAGAAGAAAACAACUGGCAAGCUGUCAGUGAAGUCAUCCGGCACCAAAAUGGAGCGGCUGAGCCUCACCCAGACAGAGGUCAGCGAGCCUGCCAAUGCCACUCCAGGCAUGAUAGGAAAGAGUAUCUGGAGUGAACACGUGUCAGGCUCCGAGUCUGACGACCAGAAUAGCGUGACCACUCCACAACAACCAGAGCCUCAAUACACCGAGGUCCAGACCAGACAGGCAGAUCCAAACAGAGCUCUGGUGAAAAAGGGCACGGACACGGUGUACAGCGAAGUGCGGAACUCCAAGCAAGGUGCUCCAGAGCAGGCCGAUGGCGGGUCGGUGGAGUAUGCACAGCUGAAUCAUGAUUCGGAUCACCGCAGUGACCACGGUAACCAUGGUGACCACAGUGUCCAGGAUGUUCCCACAGAAGAGACUGACACCGCUGAACACGGGGAGUUAAAACAUGACCCAGCUCCAGACUGUUAACUGAUCAACAAGAAUAUUUAUUCCCGUAUUUAUCCGGCUCCUUCGUGCAGCUGGAGUGCUCAAAGAUGGUAAACAGCUCCAAGCAACUAUUACUACUUUUUGUCAUUCUGUCAUGCUUUGCACACACUGUAAAUCCACUUGCUUUGCCUUUGGAGGGGCAAAUAAAAUCUUUUUGUUGAA